AGCCAAGCCAUCACCAAACCUUUUAGCUUCUCAGCCUUUUGCCUCUCUUUCUACUCUCUUUCUUGGCCGUCUCUCUUAUAUCCCUCAAUUUAACCAUCGAGGGCGGCCAAAAAAAAGAGAGAAAGGAAGAGCAAAAUAACACAUUACACCAUGGCGCGAUUCGUCAUCAUCUCCGUCGUCGUCGUCGCCGCCUUCGCCGCUGCCGCUGUCGUUGAGGCCCGGGUUGGACCUAUCGACGUCGCUCCGACCAACCUGAUCACCAACCCACUCGGUGCCAUCAUCGACAAUGGCCGCAAGAUCACCGGCGCCGUCGUCGACGAGUGCGCCUGGACCUGCGAUCAUGUCGCGGCGGGUAACAAGAAGAUGUGCAACACGCUGAGGAAGCUGCCGGGGGUGAGCUCGCCGAAGGAGCUCCUGACGGCGGCGGUGAAGCUGUCGAUGAGGAAGGCGAAGGCGGCGAGGGCGAGGUUCGAGGCGGCGGCGAGGGCGGCGGAGAAGGGGACGCCGAUGGAGUCCAUCCUGGACACCUGCAAGGAAGGGUACGACAGCACGGUGUCGGCGCUGCAGGAGGUGCAGCGCUGCAUCGACGCCAACGACAGCAAGGCGAGCCUCAUCACCAAGAUGUCGGCGGCGACCACCUUCACCGGCGACUGCGGCAACGCCUACGAGGAGCGGGAGCUGGAGCCCAGCCUCGCGCUCAAGGCCACCAAGAACAACGUCAACCGCGUCGUCACCGGCGCCCUCGCCAUCGCCGCCAAGCUCAAGCUAUAAUUAGCCAACUGAUCAUCAAUCGAUAUGAAUGAUUGAUCAACUAUAAAAUUACACCUAGCUCAUGCAUGCGUCCGCGCGUUAUGUGUGUACGCACGCAUGCAUAUGUGUAAGAUCGAUCAACAGAUCACAGAAGUGGUGGCGUAUCUCGCACUUGUGAAAAAAAAAUAUAAAAAAAAGGCUGGAGAACAAAAAUGUAGUAUGCUAUCUUAAUUUUUAAGGUGAUUAAUAUAUAUGGCGAAUUCAACGACCGA